CCAGCUCGAAUACUUACAGUCCGACGAGUUUGACGUGUGAAUCCCCGGAUUCACUGCGGAAGCUUUGAGCACAUCGACGCGCUCGUUCGCGCACAGACACCCGACAUGUCGACGCCACCCAUCAAUGCGAUGCAAGCCCAAUCGUCAAGAGGACAAAGGGGAGGCUAUAGCCGGGGCGGCGGAAGAGGCCGCGGGAAUGGAGGUCUCCGUGCGCCCUUGCAACAAUUUCGCUCAUGGAAAGGCGGUAUACUCUCCGUAACAGACCUUGUCGGUCCUUCAUGGUGCGAGCUUCAGUUCGACUACGCUCUACGUCAGCAACGGCACAGGAAGCUGGCGGAUCGUCCUGCAUCCUUUGUGACUGCGGAAGGAAAGACCAUACACGUCGCCCAGGAUCUCGCCUCUCAGAACGAUCGCACUGUUGCACGCGGGAAGUCUAUACACAAAGCCCUAGAACGAGGAGUGCAACCCGACAGCCCCCCUGUGCAAGCGACGACGACGGAGGAGCGCUGGGGUCUAAGAUUGAUCAACAUGCUCGUCGCAUUGCAGACUUUGAUGAAGGUCGGCUACUGCAGAGAGAUGCCGGUGUUUGGUAUAGUGCAUGAUCAAGUGGUCACCGGUAUUAUAGAUGAAAUUGUUCGCAAGCCUACGCAACUCGAGACGCAGCCCGAUACCAAGAAUGUGGCUAUUCCCAGCAAACGUGGGGCCCCUUCUCCUCCCUUCGAACAUGCGGCGAAGAAAAUCAAAUACGACGCAUCAGAGGACCAGCCCCAAACAUCCACAUCGCUCUCCCCGGGGUUGCAUAUCAGUACAGCACCGCCGGCAGCAGGCUCGGAGCCCACGAGAUACACCCUCCACCUGUCGGACACGAAGACACGCACAGAGCCGACUUUGCCGCCUGAUGAGGACACCCUCUCUUCGCGUUUCCAACUCAUGCUCUAUCAUCGACUUCUCAGCGACCUCAUCGCUCCUGCUGCACCUACCGUCCAGGCCCGAGCACCGUUGAGCUUUGUCACGCUGUGGCGCCGCGUUAAUGCCAAUCCCCAGCGGCGGUUCUCCCAGCGCUUCCUCACGCAGGCCGGCCCACUCAUAGCGCAAAUUGCCUCACGGGACGCUCCUGCCCAGACUACGGCCGCCGCAAAGGCUGGUACGGCCCGUCUUAGUUGCUUGAAUGACCUCACCACGGCGUGGACGCACGCCGUCAAGGCGCUCAACGUGACCGCGAUCGACCACACCCUCACGUUGGUGUACCGCAGCCAAAUCACACGGAAACGCUCCAAGGUUCAAAGUCAGUCGACGUCAGCGGACACGGAGCCUUCGUCUCAGGAGGCGCAGGGCUCGACGGCACUGGAGGGCCCGUCCAAGCUGUCGGAAGGCUCUGCAUCUGCGCCGCUUGCACCGGAUGCGCUCGCGCGGGCAAUACAGCAGUCGCUCCCGCCUGCAAAUGAAGAUGCCGCAGCAAUGACGAAGGUCGCGGAUGGCACCGAUGCGCACGCUACUCCAGCCUCCGAGGGGGAGCAUCCCAGCGUCCCGAACGACAACUUCGCGGACAAGCAGCCUGGCACUAUUGCAACAGAGAAGGAAGAGGGUGUGGAGAGCGGGACGAAGACUGCUCCUGCGUCGCCCGCGCCAUCGGACGAGCUCGUCGAAGCUCACGAGACGAUGACUGUCGCAGAGCUGGACGUCGAGGCACGGGUGAUCGGGACGAAGGCGUUCCAGCUGGACGACGCGCUGCUCGACAGGUACCUUACGCACAUCCUCGCGUGGUGGCGCGGGCAGCGGGCGGCCGAGGGCGUCAGCGGGGAGCUCACCCGGCGUUGCACCCGGGGCUGCGAGUGGAGAGAGAAACAGGCGCAGGAGGCGGAGAAGUGUCGUGCGAGCGGUGCCCAGGCGGGUGGUGAGCCGAGCACGCCAAUCGGGCUGUGACUACUCAAAACAGCCCCGGUAUCAUGAACCAGCUUGGUUGUUCCGCAUCAAUGUACGUUUAUAUUUGCUUUGCUUACUUUAUCGGUGGGUACUCCAACCCGGCAAAGGACAGUGCUCAGCCAGAUCC